AGUGCAGGGCAUUGGUGGAGGAUACAGACCUCUGUGCUUGGUCAUUGGGUCUUAGCACAUAUUAGGCUGUGCCCAUACCACCUGCUCCUACUGUAUCUUACUGCUCCUAGAUUCUGGCUUUCAAUAUACUAGAGGAGAUAGCAACCCAGAGAAGAUCUAUCUUCCUCAUCAUAAGAGAUCCUGCUAGCAACUGACCCCUACACAAAUGUCCACAUUUUAAGUGAUGAACCACAGGUCAUGCCUACUGCUUGAUUCCAUAUUGUGAACAAUGCCAGCCUUGCCAGUAUAUGUCAAAUAUCUUGGUCAUUUUGAGGAAUCUUUCUCAACAGGAAUUGGCAACGUGACACUUUAAAGGGGGCAGUCCUCAGACACCUGUAGAUUACAUUCAUCUCAUCCUGAUUUACGCCCUGCAGAGAGAAAGAGACCUGGUAAGGGAAAAAAGAAGCAAGCUGGCAUUUCGGUGCCCUUCAUCCAUUCCUGGGCUAUAGGGAUGUCCUUUGCUCCAAGAGUGUACAUAACAUACUAACGUGAACAUGCUGCAAGCCUGGCACAUCUUGUUGGGGAUCUCCUACUUCCUCUUAGUAUCCUGUGAUGACUCCCAUUCCGAAGGACUGUCUUCCACAUCUAUACUGGACGACGAGGCCAAUCUGGAGAUUGUGUGUGACCACGGCUGUGAUCGCUACCAUGACACUGACAAUCAGCACACCUCCUUUAAUAGACCUCAGGGAUCUGGCUUUUCCAGCCAGGAGACAGAAGAAAUAUCCAUCUUUCAGUCACCAAAAUAUUUCUGGGAUGAUGAAACAAGAAAAUCAAAUCUAAGCAGUGAUGACAGCGGAGCUCAGACAGAUGGACCAGAUACCACAAACAUCUAUGGUGUCAACCAGGAAGAAACUACAGGCAGUAGCUUGCCUAAAGAAUCUGUAGAAACAUCUACAACAUUAUGGUCUACAGCAAUUGAGGAGAUCUCCAAACCAGUAACUCCAAACACUAAUGUCCCAGAAAAGGAAGGUACAAUCCAGAUGACAGCACAAAGUGAGAGGACAGCACCAUCACCAAAUAAUGAGGAGAGGACACUUUCCAAGAUGGUGAUCACGUCUUCUGUUCGCCCAACAACCAAGCCUUCCAGAAAGAACAGGAAGCAUUCAUGGUCCAAGAACCAUCAUAUUAGCCACGAUCAAGAGUCGGAAUCCCGGCCUGGACCUCCUGCUGACUCAUGGGGGCUUCCUGGGGGACAUUCCCUAGCAGGACCUGGGUAUCAUGAAGAUGAAAGCCUAUCAACCCAGUCACUGCAUAUUGCCAAUGAAGAAGGAAAAAUUAGGUUCUCCAACCAGCGAGAUAAAAACCCAACCAAACCAGCUGUCCCCAGUGAAGUAUCGCAUCAAGUGUCGCAUCAGGUAAUCUGCAAGGAUUGGAUUAAUUUGGCUGGAAAAAACUAUGUUAUAUUAAACAUGUCGGAUGAUAUUGACUGUGAAGAGUUCAGAUGGCAGAGGGGGCAGCAUCUACUCUCAUUGUUGGAGGGGGCUCUAGCAUGGAAAACAGAUCCACCACAGAGAGACUGGGUGAUCUUCCUGAGCAAACCUAAUGAAAAUGAUAACCAUCUACUAAUGACAGUCACAGAUGAGGAACGUGUGGUUCCUGUGAAAGAUGUAUUCACAGCGCUUGGAGACAUAAAGAGGAGCCUUGCAGAGAUUGGUAUUGAAAGCUACUCCAGCACAGUCAGCUGUCAGUCCCGACCCAGCCCUCCCCGGAGUGAUUAUGGAAAACUCUUUAUAGUUUUAGUUAUUAUUGGCUCCAUUUGUGUUAUGAUCAUCAUAGCAGGUCUUAUUUACAUAUGCUGGCAAAGACGGCUACCAAAACUAAAAAAUAUGGAGCUGCAUUUUGUCGAGAAUGGCUGCCAUGAUAACCCCACCCUGGAUGUGGCAAUGGACGGCCAAUCAGAAAUGCAAGAAAAGAAAACAAGCCUUAAUGGCGGGACCUCUCACCGGGCAGACGGCUGGGAGACAUUAAUCAACAAGACAAGCAAAGAUGAGACAGACACCAUGGAAGAAGAUACUCACCUGUAGAGACCAAAGGGGGCGGAUUCCAGGGGUGAAGCAGAACUUUUAUUUCUAAGUUGUUGGGCACAUGGGGUUUUACUUGUUUUAGUUCACAAACCAUUACCUGUAACUAGAUUGGUUGACACAAUGGAUUGUUGGCCUGUAGCAGCACAGAAGUACAAGUAGCACACAGUAUCAUUGAGUGCCCGCGUUCUCACCAUCGCCCUCCAGCCGCUCUCCAGUUUACAACGUUUGAUAUGAUUGCACUUUAUUCUUCCAAAGAGUAUAUUAAGAGCCAGAUAUCUGGCAUAAACUUUAUCUGCUGGUGCAUUCCAGUUCGGCCUCGGCUGAGCAGAGUAUUAUUGUAUUUUUUUUUUUUGCGUGUUGUGAUGUAGAUCCAGAAUUUGUUGCCUCCUCCACUCAUCCGCUUUCCGAUUCCACCUGCAUGCAAUAUGGAUCCUUAUAGCUGGAUAAAAGAAAUAAUAAUAAUAAAAUGUAAAGUAAAUUUCCGAGCCAAUGAAUAAAGCACAAAGAGGACAGAAAAUACAUUGAGAUUUUUCAUAUAACAGUAAAUAUCCUAAAAAAUGUAAACAGUAAAUAUAAUUUGUAGGCUCCAAGGAAGACACAUGGGGGGAGAAUUAUCGAAACCUGUGUAGAGUGGUGCAGUUUUCUAUAGCAACCAAUCAGAUUGCUUUACUUAUUUUUCAGAGGUAUUUAAAAAAAAAAAAAAAAAAGCAAUCUGAUUGGUUGUUAUGGGCCGCUGCACUACUCUUCCCCUACACCGGUUUUGAUAAAUCUCAACCAUUAUACUCUUAUAUGUGCAGGCAAAAGAGGGUAGCUGCUCGGCAUCAGGGUAGCAAGUGCAGGAGAUAUAUAUUCUUAUAUAAUAAUAAUCUUAUAUGUGCCUGUAUUUGCAAAAUGCACAUGAAAAUCACUAACCUUAAGUGCCAGCAUGUGACUGUGUCUGGUUUUGCUGCUUAACUCUCUUGAACUUGGCUAAGCUGCAAUACAGACACAGCUCAUGGGCAACAACGGUGCUGAUUUGGGAAGUAGGCAGCCAUGUUUUUCUAGUCUCAUACAAUCUUUUUAUUUAAAGCCCAGAAUGUUGUGAAAGCUUUAGAAAUACAUAAAAGUGACAUUGGUGCAAGGGCCAGUUUAGACUGAGAAAUUCUGCCAGGAAUUUCUGCUCGGAGCUUGAUUGCAGCAGCUUCCCAUGCGUGACGCGUCAAUUAGAUUCAGUCAAAAAAUUUCAAUUUCUUCAGCAGAAUCACGCAUGGACUGCAUUGCCGUCAUCACCUGCUGGACUCUGAAUAUACACACGGAAUUUCCCUAAGCAGAAUUUCUCAGUUUGAGCUGGCCCAUAGCUCACAAGAUGAGAUUUUUGUCCAUGCCCUGAAAACCCACCAGAAAGUUUUAAAAGGGCUUUUCUAGAGGUAGCCAAUGGAUGGGUACAACUCUUUAAUAAACAUCUCACCUUUAUCCUGCCU